AUGGACAGUCUGGUGCCCUCGGGACGCGUGGUCCCCCUCGAUGCCGUUGCAGACAAUGCUCCCUUCUCAUUGACCACUGGGCACCCUGUCUCCUUUCCGCUACUGCAGCCUAUGCCAUCUCUGUUUCUCACAGUUCCCUCCGUGCCCCUGAAGAGCACGGAUAUCGGCGGCUCGAGGGCAGAGUGCUUCGUCAGUCUCGACGCCGUCAUACAGCACUUCUACGAUCUCUUUUUCAAGAAGACUGCUGACUCCUGGGGCACCGAGCGUGCCAAUUUUCUCAAAUUACACCGUCGGUGGAAGCGGAGAAUUGAGUUUGAGACGGUGACGAAAGGCCGUGGCGAUGGAUUGCAGCGGUUACGUGCGAAGGGCGAUGCCGCAGUAAAUCCUACCCCGAGGACCGUGCCACCGUCGCUUGCACCGUCUACGGUCGUCCACUCGCCGUCGUCCUUGGCAUGGCUGACCUCGUACUCGUCUAACACUCGUAUUAUAGUUUUGUGUGCCUGGAGCCGUACAGGCACAGAUAUUGGCUACUCUAGGGCAGAGUGCUUCGUCAGUCUCGACGCCGCCAUACAGCACUUCCACGAUCUCUUUCUCAAGAAGACUGCUGACUCCUGGGGUAUCGAGGCUGCCGACUUUGUCAAAUUGCAACGUUGUAUUUUCCUCUCAAACUGGAACAAAUUGAUCCCAAGGGAAAUGGGCACCGUGGACGAUGUCACGAUGCAGAUUCAGGAAGCCUAUGGUGUUUUGACUUCGAAAAUGCUGAUCGAAGGACCAGACACGAGUCGCUCGAUUAACAACACAAUACUCUUUGAUGCGCACAUUCUGCAAGGCUUCGGUCUGAAGGUGCUACCCUUGCUGGACAGCUUGAAGGUGAUCAAAACCAAGUCUCGAAUGUUAGAUGAAUGA